AAAAAUAUCAAUGAAGUUGCAAGUUGCAACCAUCAAAGAGAUACCGAUUUUAAUGGGUUAUUUCGAUUUAGGAUAAUUUCUUAAAUUUUGUCGGGAUGCAGAUCAAAAGCAAAAUUUUUUAUGGAGAGAUACUUCCCGCUCGGUCCUCCAAUUUUCUGAUCUAUAAAUAAAGCUCUAAAACCAUCGACUUCGACUCACGAGGUUCAUAUAGAUCAUCUCAAAAAGACGGAUGGAGGUCAGAGAGAGGUGGUUGUGGGUUGUCUUCUGUGAUGUGUAUAUUAUAUAGUAUGUAAGUGGAGAUGAGGACAUACUCUGGGUUGUUUCACUGAUUCCUUUACAAGUUUUUUUUUCUUUUUUUUUGACCGGCGAUUCAUUUACAAGGGUUAGUGGGAAAGGUAUUUGAAGUUGUGAGCAUACAGUAGAAAGAAAGAGGUUGAAAAACUCGUUUUUUUGCAUCUAGAAAAACUGGAAAUAUAUGGUGUUACGAAGUAUCGCCUGGCAACAAUAUCGAUGUGUAUCUACAACCCUUAAUAGAUGAGCUAAAGGAGUUGUGGGAAGAAGGAGUGGAAACAUAUGAUGCCUCAACAGAAAAAACUUUCCGUAUGCACGCAGCUGUAUUGUGGACCAUAAAUGACUUCCCAGCAUAUGCUAAUUUAUCAGGAUGGAGUAUAAAAGGUUAUUUAGCUUAUCCAGUAUGUAAUGAUGAUCCACCAUCCCGUGUAUUGAGGAGUAAGAUCGGUUAUCUGCGUCACCGUAGGUUUUUUCCUCGCAAGCAUCUGUGGCGUACAAACAAACUUCAUGAUGGAAACAAUGAGAUUCACGGUCCACGAAAGAGUUGACAGGCAUUCAACUUUUACAACAAACGGACAAACUGGGAGUUAAAAGUUGUUUCGGAAAGAAUCCAGAUAAGGGAAGCAAGAAAAGAAGUCGUACCAAGAAAGAGCUGAGUUGGACAAAAAAGAGUAUUUUCUUCGAGCUUCCAUACUGGGCACAUCUAAAAAUUAGGCACAAAAUUGAUGUUAUGCAUGUUGAGAAAAACAUAUGAGAUAACAUCGUUGGAACAUUAUUAAAUCAGGAACUAAAGAACAAAGAUACAUUUAAAGCUCGUUUGGAUUUGGAAGUCAUGAAUAUUAGACCGGAAUUGCAACUUAAGCGUGAGGGAUACAAAUUUACAAAACCUCCGGCUUCGUAUACUUUAACAAUAGAUCAAAGAAGAGAGUUUUGUAGGUUUCUGAAAUCAGUGAAGUUUCCGGAUGGAUAUGAAGCUAACAUAGCGAGGAGUGCUAACGUCGAUGAUGGAAAUAUAUCCGGUUUGAAAAGCCACGAUUGUCAUGUUUUGUUACAAAAAGUUCUUCCCGCUGGAAUUCGUCCAUUUCUGCCUACAGAUGUAUGCACUGCCUUAAUUGAGUUGAGUAAUUUGUUUCAUGAUCUAUGUGCGAAGACAUUGGAUGUGAGUCACUUGGAAGAAAUGGAAAAAGUUGGAUAUAGUUGGAUGUAUCCUAUCGAAAGGUACCUCGGGACACUUAAGCGUUACGUGAACAAUAAAGCACGACCAGAAGGUCCAAUAGCAGAAGCUUACAUUAUUAAUGAAGCUUUGACAUUUUUCUCGUUGUAUUUACGUGGGAUUGAAACUAAAUUUAAUCGCCCAGACCGAAAUGAUGAUACAUCAGAUGAUGGUCAACGACCCAAGGGAAAACUGUCUGUGUUUGCUCAGAAGGUUCGUCCCUUUGGUGCAAAAGUUAAAAAAUCACUGACCCUAGAAGAACGAGAAAAAAUACAUUGGUUUAUACUCGAUAAUUGUGACGAGGUGCGACCUUAUAUGGAUGAACAUUUGAAUGAGCUGAAAGCGGAAUCAAAUGACAACUUGCCACAGAGGCAUCGAAAACUAUUUCCUGAAUGGUUUCGAAAGCGGAUUGGAAAAUUGCACUAUGAAAAGUUUCCUGAGGCUACUGAUGAAUUGCAUUCGUUAGCACAGGGAGUUGAAUCUCGCGCAAAAUCAUAUCCUGCUUGUAUCUAUUAUGGAGUUUGAUUCCAUACCAAACAACCUGAGCUUCGUCGAACGACCCAGAAUAGCGGAUUUGUAGUAGAUGGGGUACACAACAGUAAGCCAACUGAAUUCUUUGGUAGCUUGCAGGAUGUUAUUGAGAUAAACUUUUUGGAUGGCUACCGAGUUGUGUUAUUUAAAUGUGAUUGGUUUGACGUAACUCCUGUAAGGACGAGAAUUCAAAAGGAUUAUGAUUUGACAUGUAUAAAUACUAGUACAUUGUGGUAAAAGAGUGAACCUUUCAUUCUUGCAUCACAAGUGUAACAGGUUUUCUACCUUGAUGACUACAAGCAUGGAGCAAAUUGGAAAGUGGCUCAAAAAAUGCAUCAUAGGCAUAUACGGGAUGUUCCUGAAAUGGAUAUCAAGGAAGCACAACCAGAAACAGAAGAAACUAUUGAUGAGGAAGAGGCAUAUCACCAGAACAAAGAGGGUCCGUUGCUUUUAUCCACUGUUCAAGAAGAUGAUAAUGGGGAGACUGUACUUCAUAGAAAUGAUGAUGGUGAACUCGAAAUGUUGGAUGAAAAUCUUGUUCUAGCUGAAGAUGACGAUGAGGAGGAGGAAGAAGAAGUCGAAACAUUGUUUAACUACAACAAUGAUGUGGUAGAGCCUGAGGAUAUUGUGCCAGAAAAUGAUGACUCAGAUCUAGAAUACUAAUUCGUUACGGUUAUUUUACUUGAAACUUAAUAUUCAUUUCUAGUUACUUGAAACUCAAUAGGUAUUUAUUCUAAUGCUAAUUUUUGC